UUUUUAACACAUUAGUAAAAAAAGGUGAGUUAGCUAAAUUAUCGUGUGAACAUAUGGUUAAGUGUAAGUAUUAAACAAGAUAAUGCGCAAUAAUCGAAAAUAGAGCUAUUUCAUCAUUACACAUGCACAAAUUUUGACGUUUGAGUUUUGUUCAGUCAGUUCAGUGUUUAUGUUGUAAAGUAACCUUGGACUUUGGUUAAAUCCUUAGCGAAAUAAUUUUAAAGAAUUCGUAGUAUCGAAAAUUUCCUCACAUUAAUUGUAUAAUGAAGAAAUAAUUUUUCGAUCGAAAUCUUUUCAAUUGAAAUUAAGUUCGAUUGCUUUUUGUACCUUUAAUGCUGCAUUGGAUUUACUGUCCUGCCCAUAGAUCUUUAUAACAUUUUAUGUUUACAAUAAUUAAGACGUUUCUUCUGAUAUCUGUGAUAUUGUAGAGAUUAUAAUAUUAAUUAAGAUGCCUUCCAAACAAAGGAAAAUAGCUGUGAUGGGGUACAGGUCAGUUGGAAAAUCAUCGCUGAGUAUACAGUUCGUAGAAGGUCAAUUCGUAGACUCAUAUGAUCCAACUAUCGAAAACACUUUUACUAAAUCCACGAGAAUAAACUCCCAAGAUUACGAACUGAAAUUAGUAGAUACAGCUGGUCAAGACGAGUACUCGAUAUUUCCAUCACAAUACAGUAUAGACGUGCAUGGAUACGUAUUGGUAUACAGCAUAACCAGUACGAAAUCUUUCGAUGUAGUAAAAUCCAUUUACGAAAAAUUAUUAGAUAUUACUGGGAAAGAACAUGUACCUGUCGUAUUAGUAGGCAAUAAAACAGACUUGCAUUUAGAGAGGACAAUAAGCACGGAAGAAGGCAGGAGAUUAGCCGAAGAAUGGAGAGCAAUAUUUCUAGAAACUUCAGCGAAACAAAAUGCGUCGGUGUCAGAUAUAUUUCACGUUUUGUUGACGGAAAUAGAAAAGGCAGAUGGAAAUGUAAACGAAAAAUCGAAUUGCGCUGUUUGUUAAUGAUCAUAGUAAUAAAUAUAGUCUGAGGUUAUAAGAUGUUAGACAUUUAAAUCAUUGGCCAUUACAUGAUGGGACCUCUUUACAUACGAUCAAUUGUGUUUGCAGCCAAUUAAAUACUUAAUAUCCCGCUUUUAUUUGAAGAGGCUAUAAUUUCGGUAUACUUAAAAGUCUUAUCUUGUCAUUUGAUGGCCAAUGAAUAUUUUGUAAAUGCUUCUGUUCGCAAUUACUUGCAAAAUUUUUAUUGUACAUAUGCUAAGUAAAUAUAUUUUGUCAAUAAUAUAGAUUUAUACAGCAAGGUGCUUAUAAUUAAAUGUGUUGUAAGUUGAAUUGGGGCAAAUCUUUAUCAAAAAACGACAAUAUGUUUUUUGCAACAACUUUAUUGUAGUGUAUGGUUUUUGGCAUUUUUAUGACAGGCUUACUACUGUUUUUUUUUUCUGGGGAAUCUAAAGAUUUUUAAUAAUAAAUUCCUGUUUUUAGCUGUUAUAUCGGAUGUACAUAUCAUACGUUUAAAUAUAAAUUUGCUCCAUUAGAAGCAAUUUUCUAUAAAUAUAGAGAUUUAGCACAUAUGAUUAUAAACACCAAUCAUGUUAAUUGUUUUUAGUAUGCUAAAAGUUAUGUGAUACAUUUACCUGUAUUUUACAACAAACCCCAGUAAAUAAUGUUUGUCUUAUUUAUUGUUAAUUGUAUGUACGUAUUUAUUCUACUUGAAGGUUCUUCACAAUUGCAAAAUUUUCGUAAGAAAUGUCUUGAACAAUUGUAAUUGUUAAUUGACAUUUUUUAGUUGCAAAAUAAUAAACUUAGGUCGAAAUUAAACAUGAAAUAGUUUUAAAUAUGG